AUGGUCCGCACGCACAAGGGUGCCGACGAUAAAGCAUACCGCUGUGUUUACAAGCAGGAAGAUCCGCAAGGGAAAGUCGGAAUCAACCUCUCAAAAGACCUAAUGGUGAUCGCCGGCGAAGCCCUCAAAUCCAACAUAACCACAAUCGACCCACUCGUUCUCCCGCCGUCGGAGCAACUCCUCAUCCUCUUAAUCGACCGGAAAAUCUUCAAUCCCAAAUGGAAACCCUACAUUCCCAACUUCAAACAGGACUUCGAACACUUCUGCAUCAACGUCGGCGCCCGCACCGUCAUCGACGAUCUCCAGAAGAACAUGCAGCUUUCGUCGGAGCACGUGGAGGCCUCCAGGAUGAUGCUGCACCGGUUUGGAAACACGUCGUUUUCUUCACUCUAG